CGGCAGCUAGUUAGAAAACUCAUCAGUUACAGUUGUGCACCAGUUUUGAGAAUGGCCAAGAAAGUGCUGAUUGUGUAUGCCCAUGAGAGCUCUACCUCCUUCAAUGCUGCUGCCAAAGAUGCUGCUGUGGCAGCUCUGACUGCUCAAGGCUGCACUGUACAGGUGUCUGACCUGUAUGCCAUGAAGUUCAAAGCUGCUGCUACUACUGAGGACAUCACUGGUGGAGUGAAGGAUGCUGAGAACUUCUGCUACGCAAAGGAGAUCAAACUGGCAUCAGAGGAGGGCAAACUUGCAGAUGACAUCAAAAAAGAGCAGGAGAAGCUCAAGAAGGCAGACCUUGUCAUCUUUCAGUUCCCCAUGUACUGGUCAUCUGUUCCUGCAAUCAUGAAGGGGUGGAUGGAUCGGGUGUUGGGCUUUGCCUACGCACAGGAGAAGCGGUACAGUGAGGGGAUCUUCAAGGACAAGAAAGCCAUGCUGUCCUUCACCACUGACUGUCCUGAAUCUGUGUACAGUGACACUGGCAUCAAUGGUGACAUCAAUGUCACACUGUGGCCACUGCAGAACGGGAUCCUGAACUACUGUGGCUUCCAGGUUUUUGCCCCUCAGAUCUUCUGGGAUCCUGCUACUGGUUCUCCUGAAUCUCGCAGCUCCAUGCUGGAG